GGGGAGGGGUAUGUAAAGGUCAAGGUGCUUGCUCUGCCUUUUACUCUUCACACGAGCCGCCAGCUCGACCCUCACGCUUCGACUUGCAACGCCUUGCGGAACCCAUGUGAUUGGCCGCUUGCGGUUGACUUUCGUCCUUCCACAUGCCGCAUGCGUCCAAGACUCUGGACAAACAUUAUUCGCAUUUACCAUUUGAUUGUCAUGCCUUCUGCCUGGUCUGGUCCAGGUAACGCUAUACUUCAUGCCUUACCUAUGCAUGUUUGCCCUGCUGUCUCAAUUGCUCCAUGUUCCACGCACAGCCGUCGUCCUCUACUCCAUGUCUCGUGCCUCUCCCAGGUGCUAUCUCUUGAUUGUCGUUUUGUUCCUUCAAGAGAACAAUUCAUCAAGAGACGAUGCUCGCACACAAACCAACGUCUCGCUCUGGAUUGACACGCAUGAUAUCCGUGACCCUAGAUUAGAAGCAAUUGUGCAUCUCUGCAGCUAGAAGCAUUCUAGAUUCAGCACACUGAUAGGGUAUGCAAAGCAAUGGUCACCGGAAUUCAUCGAGUUCCAACGAUCUAUUCCAGAUGAGCCAGACAAACUGACAU